CAUAUACACUCGACAAAGUUGUCAUAUCACGUGCCGUAAUUGAGGAUUUAUUUCAGCUUUGUUGAAACGAACGCAUGUGUUCGUGGAGAUAACGUUGAACGUCAAAGAUCUCAAAGAUUGCAUCGUAUCUAUACGCGAUCGAACUCAACUGAAAAGAUCAUUUCUUUAUGGUUACGGAUACAUUGUGAAAUGAUUGUCAUGGUUUUGGAGUAAAGCAGUGGAAAACACAGUAGUCUCGCGUUGACAAUUCACCUAGUAUUGUGACAGUUUCAUUGACAGACUUUGGAACAACUCUUAGGAUCUGCAUGUAGCACGGUAGGAAACAAAGAGAUUUUCUUCGUUUUUCUUAAAAGGGAUUUUCAUUCCUGUGGAAAAGCGUUUAGCAAACAUCCUGAAUAACUCGGCAUUGCUCGUUGUUCUAAGAUCUUCAGAUGGCUAUAGAAGAUGCACCACCAGAGCCCAACCCGAAUUGGGACGGCACAGCUCAGGAUGAGCUAGGUUGGCUUUUUCCAGCACAUGUCUACCUGUUCGCGGUUUCCUUCAUCAUCCUGGGCAUGAUCACCAUCCUCGCUCUCGUGUUCAAACGAAACUCCAGGGAGAGCAAGCAUUUUGUCAAAAUUAUCAUGUUAAGUGCGAUCAUAUUGCUGUCCAUCUCGCGUGCAGUGUUGCUGUUCGUAAUUCUGUAUAUGUCCGGAGGGAACUCCACAAUUUGGUGGAUCUUCGCUUGCGUGUUGAUCGAAGGGCUCGGCUCCACGUCUCUAACAGCCUCGUUGGCAAUACUGCUCUACAUCACCUCGAUCUUAACUCGAAUCACAGGGAAAUGCCGUCAGCGGCAAUUGGGGCUCGUUGCAUUCGUCGUAACCGUUGUGAACUUCGUGUUCUUUAUAACCUCAGACUUUGUGACCCUGGUUUCGGGGGAUAAGGGCAAGAUCAUGCUAACGGUUUGUCAAACAACAUUUGCCUGUUGGGGGUUGAUUGUCUCUGGAGGGUUUGCAACAUUGACUUACAAACUUCGCAAGAACGCCAACGCAACCUUUGAACAAGCAAAAUUUGACCGUGGCAUGAAAGUUGAAGGAAAGAAACUAAAGAGACUCAGUCUACUCAUUGGAGCUCUUUCUGCAACAUCGGCAGUAUUUUUUGUCCUGAAGAUAUAUGAAGCAGUAAGCGGCAUAACAACAAGCGAGAAAUAUUCUGACACCUGGUCCUGGUGGGUUUUAAAAACAGUUUUAAGAACACUGGAGAUCAUAAACGCCGUUGUCUUGUUGCUGGUCUUCAAAAGAAGUUCCGGCAAGAUUCGAGAAGGUGGAAAAUCGAAUGGAACUGUGUCAGCAAUGGAAAAACCGACACUGGGGAGCAUCUCCAUGAAAACAAUCACAGACAUCGAAGAAACGGAGAAAUGUAUGUCGAAGAAAAAGCUGUUUUCACGAGAGAACAAUGCAUGAAAAUUGGAUUAGUCGGACGACAUCGCUUCGUGCAUGCAAAAACAAUGUAUAUGAAAUAUUGAAUAAAUCUCUUCGUUUAAAUAUAUAUGGUUUAG